UCUCUUCACUGUGAUCUCAAACUAUGGCUAAGGCUAUUCCUUUCGCAACCUUAAUCAUCUUCUUCCUCGUGUCGACGGCUUUUGCCCAAUAUCAAACAGGCCAACAAUCUCAGCAGCAGCAGAUUCAACUACAAGAGGCUCGACAAUGCCGUAUCCAACGUAUAACGCCGAGCCAGCCUACUCAGCGUAUUCAAUCUGAAGGAGGUGUGACUGAAAUGUGGAAUGAAUUUGAUGAUCAGUUCCAAUGUGCUGGCGUUGCUGCACUCAGAAACAUCAUUCAGCCUAAUUGUCUUUCGCUUCCCAACUUCUCUCCAUCUCCUCGCCUUGUGUACAUUCAACAAGGUCAGGGGUUGAUAGGAAUGUCCAUCCCUGGUUGCGCCGAGACAUACACUUCUGGGCAACAAUCAGUUAGAGGCGGGGGUGUUAGGACUAGACAGGGUGAACAAAGAGAUCAACACCAGAAGGUACACAGGGUUCGCCAAGGAGACAUUGUUGCUCUUCCAGCUGGUGUAGCUCACUGGUGCUAUAACGAUGGCAACGAAGAACUUGUUGCUGUCUCUGUUAAUGAUCUUAACAACAAUGCCAACCAACUUGAACAAAAGUUAAGGUCAUUCUACCUUGCUGGUGGACACCAACAAAUCUACUCAUCCGUACAAAGUGCACAGCAACAACAACUGCAAAGAGUAACAUUCCAAAAUGUAUUUCGAGCAUUCGAUGAGAAUUUGAUGGCUGAAGCAUUUAACCUUCCCGUGGAAGUUAUUAGGAGGAUGCAACAAGAAGAUCAAAGAGGUUUCAUUGUUAGAGUUACAGGAGAAGGAAUGAGGAUGAUUAGGCCUGAAGAAGAUGAAGAAUAUGAAGAGAGGUAUCAAUCAAGAAGCGCAAACAAUAUGGAAGAACUUUACUGCCACUUGAAAAUCAGGCAGUACUUGGACAACCCUAAAGAAGCUGAUAUCUACUCAAAGCAAGCCGGAAGAAUCAACCACGCGAACGGCCAAAAGCUUCAAAUUCUAAAUUACAUGGACAUGAGCGCCGAAAAGGGAAACCUAUAUCCGAAUGCAAUGCAUGCACCUCACUGGACGAUGAAUGCUCACAGCGUCUUUUAUGUGACACGUGGUCAUGCUCAUGUUGAAAUUGUAGGAAGCAAUGGACAAAGAGUUUAUUAUGACACGGUGAAUCAAGGAGAGAUGUUUGUGGUUCCUCAGCAAUUCGUUUCAACAAUGAGGGCAGGAAGCAAUGGAUUCGAAUACGUUGCUUUCAAGACUUCUAGUCAGCCCAUGAAGAGUCCUUUGGUGGGUUAUACAUCAGCUUUCAAAGCAAUGCCAAUUCAAGUUCUCGCAAACUCUUUCCAGAUCUCCACCCAAGAAGCUCAGAACCUCAAAUACAACAGGGAACAUCAAACCAUGCUCCUGCCUCCUAGAGCUGUUACGUCUUCUUAAGACCGAUAAAGUUAACUAACUUAUAUGUCAUAUAUGCAUGGAUAACUAAAAGAGCGGACGAUCUCAAUAAGAGAUUAUGAUGGUUUUUUAAUGCUUUUACUUCUACAAUAAAAAUGUUGUAAUAAGUAGUUAGUAGUAAUAAGAGACGAUGUAAGAGUUAGAUCUUUUGCAAAAUAAACUAGCACAUGAAAAUGGUGAU